UAUACAUAAAGGACAUAUGUGACAAUAUAAGUACAUAAAAAUUACAACAUAAGAGAAAAUUUAUAUAGACGAUAUUCUACAGAUUUAUACACAUUUUUUUGUUUUCUUUUUUUAUUACUAUUUGGCAAAAAAAAGGACUAUAUUGAAAGGACAUAUAUUUUAAUUAAUAUCCUUUUUUUUUUCUUUAUCUUUUUAUUUUAUUUAACUACACAUAUUAUCUAUUUCUGUAUAUUUCAAAAGGAGGAAAAUUUGUUAAGAGAAUUGAUUUGAAAUGUUUCCAAAUAAAUUUCAUCUAGCCUUGUUGGCUUUUCUUGGACUUGGAACGGAGAGGACUAGUACUGAUGCUGAAAUUUUAGAAGCUAUGACAAUUUCAUCAUCAACUUCAAUAACAAAUUCAGAAUUUUCAUCAUCUUUACAAUCUUUAACGUUACCAACAUCACCUUUACCAACAAAAUCAGUUACAAACUCCGAUUCAAUCCCAAUAGAUGAUGAACUUAAUAAAAUAUCAACGGAAAAUAUCAACGAAACCAGAUUAGAUGCAAUUAGUAUCGGUAUUAAUAAUAGUGGUGGUGAUAGUAGUGUAGCAAUUGGAGUUGGAAAUGUAUCAAAAAGAGGAGGAAAUUUUCAUAAUAGCAGUACUAAUUUCAAUGGUGGUGGCAAUAAUAUGAAUAAUUUUACAAAUAAAAAAUAUAAUGUUAGUAAUAAUAGAGGAGGUAUGAGAAUGACAUUAAAUUUAAUAACACCACCAAUUUAUGAUCCACCUACACCGCCAGCAGAUGUUAUUUUACCUCACUCAUCAUCAUCAUUUACAAGACAUUCAUCUUAUCCAACAGUAGUAACAUUAUCAUCAAUAUCAUCAUUAUCAUCUUUAACAUCAUCAUCGUUAUUAUCAACAUCAAAAGUGAAGUCACUGAAACAAAAUAAAUCUGCAAUAGAUAUGAAUGUGACAGUUCAACUUGGAAACAAUGCGUAUUUGCCAUGCAAUGUCGAGCAGUUAAUAGAUAAGCCAGUUUCAUGGAUAAGAGUACGCGAUGGUCAUAUUUUAACGGUUGAUCAUACACAAUUUAUUGCUGAUGAGCGAUUUCAACCAAUUUAUCAAGAACAACAUCAAAGAUGGUCUUUACAAAUAAAAUACAGCCAAAAACAUGAUAUGGGUUUAUACGAAUGUCAAGUUGCAACUGAACCAAAACGUAGUUCCAGAGUUUUUCUUAAUGUUGUUGUUCCUAAAACAGAAUUAAUUGGUGAUCAUAAUCGUUUUGUUAAAGCUGGAAGCAAAGUAGCAUUACAUUGUAUUGUGCGUGGUUCAAUCGAGCCACCUUCAUACAUAAUAUGGUUUAAGGGUAAUCAACAAAUCAUCCAGGGCAAUAAACAAGGAUGGUAUAUGCAAAUUGAUAGAGAAAUUUUUGGUAACAGCAGUGACCAGCAAAAUACUAUUGGCUCACUAAUAAUACCAUCUGUGACAAAAAGAGAUUCUGGUAACUAUACUUGUAGCCCCUCGAACAGCGCACCUGUAUCUGUAGAUUUACAUGUUUUGAAUGGUGAAUAUUCAGCUUCUGCCAUAAUGUCCGCAGGUGUCAUAAAUCGUCAACAUUUCGCAACUUUAUUCCUGGCGGUCGUGUUAACAAUAUUUAGGUUAUCGUGAUAAGAUUUUAUCAUAUAAAAAAAUUGUUUUUUGUUUUUUUUUUUUGUAUUCUGUUUUUAGGUAGAUAUAAAAUGUAAAUACAAUAAUUAAAUUGAAUUAUAUAAAAAAAAGCAGCAAAAAAAAUUAGAAAAGAAACAAACCUCUUACUCAAAUAAUAAAAAAUUAAAAGUUAAAAAAAGAUAAAAGUAAAGAAGAAAAAUCAAA